CUCGAAGUCGUGCAAAACGACCUGCUUGACCAUAGAUCUGCACAUCUAGGGAUUGGUGCACGGGUCUGUGUUCCCUGCAUUAAUCACUACUACAUAGCGCCGUCCUUCAUCGCAUCGGCUAUUUCGCCAGAGGUCUCCCAUAUGAUUUAAUACAUCAGAUUCAUCAGAGCAACGGUCAGCAAAUUCCAAUGGCGGAUGAGCUUCAGGUGUACUUAACGGCCAUGCAGGCCGCGGUUAGCCGCCAGGAAGCUGAAGUGGCCGCCAUGCAAGCCAGCGUUGAUGAGGUGGCACGGGUGCGAGAGCUUGUGACGCGGUUGCCGGAAAAGGUCCGCCACAAGGCCAUGGUGCCGUACGGCAAGCACGCCUUCUUCCCGGGCGAGCUCAUCCACACCAACGAGCUGCUGGUGGCGCUGGGCUGCGACCUGCAGCUGGAGGCCUCAGCCAGCCAGGCGGCGGAGCUGCUGGGCCGGCGGCAGGCGCGCGGCGCGGCGGCGCUGGCGGCGGCGGAGGCGCAGCUGGCGGAGGCGCGGGGGAAGCUGGCGGAGGUGGCGGCGGCGGCGACGCUGGCGAAUGAGGAGGGCGAGGCGUUCAUGGAGAUCCGGCAGGAGUAUGAGGAGUCGGAGGAGCUGUUGAGAUCCGCCGCUGCUAAGGGCGGGCGGGUGGCAAACAGCAGGGGGAGUGCUGCGGCCUCGUCGUCCUCGUCGUCGUCAUCGCGGCCUGUGGUGACGGCGGUGUCAGCGGGGUCAGCGGCGGGGCUGAGAGGUGCGGCAGGGAGAGGAGAGGGUGGAGAGGAGGGCCCGAGCAGCCAGCGGGCUGCCGGCGCUGCUGCUGGCGCUGCUGCCGGCAGCGGGAGCAGCAGCAGCAGCAGUAGCAUCGGUAGAGGAGGAGCAGGCGAUGCAGGAGGGGCC